UAUUUAGUAAUGGCACUUCAAGAUCUGUAUAGAACACUCAACACGCCAUCACAGCUUCAUGGAUGGAAAGCAAGUGAGGGAGAUCCAUGUGGGGAAUCAUGGACUGGAGUUUCUUGCUCCGGGUCAUCAGUCAUCAUUCUAAAACUAAAUGGUCUACAGCUUACUGGAAACCUCGGGACUCAGCUCUCCAAUCUACACAACUUGAAAGAGCUGGAUAUAAGUGUUAAUAAUAUUCAGGCUGAGAUACCAUACAGCUUGCCUUUCAAUGCCACAAGAAUUAAUUUGUCGUGCAACAAACUCAAUGCAAACUUACCACACACACUUGCUUAUAUGGGAAAACUCCGGCAUUUGUGAGUUUUUUUCUUUCUUACUUUCAUCUUCUAAUGGUCUGUUUCUUGGUUUGAGAUAUGCUUCCAUUGCAGGAAUCUGAGUCACAAUUCUUUGCUUGGACCCAUAGGGGAUGUGUUCAACGGUUUACAAAAUCUAAGAGAAAUGGAUCUGUCUUACAAUAACUUCAGCCGGGACUUACCUAGAUCCGUUGGAUCUCUAACAAAUCUCAGAAAACUGUUCCUGCAACAUAAUACAUUCACAGGAUCAUUAAUCCUUUUGUCCAAUCUCCCACUUACUGACUUGAACAUUCAAGAAAAUCAUUUUAGUGGUGUUAUUCCCAAACAAUUCCAAAAUAUAAACAAUUUAUGGUUAGGAGGCAACAAUCUUAAGGCAGGAGAAAACGACCCUCCUUGGAAUUAUCCGUUAGACAUAGUGGAAGGGAAACAAAAUUUGAGUAGUCCACCAGCCACCAAUUCUAAUGCAAUUGAGAACUACCCAUCAAUAGAGUUCAUUGGACACAAGAAGAAAAAGCUAGGCUAUGGUGGCACGACUGUUUUGGUGGUUGGAACUUUACUGGCUAGCUUUUCGGCUUUUUUUGUUGGUUCUAAAAUCCACAGGUCACUAGUGAGAAAGCAUUCUACGAAAGUUGACUUAGAAGAUGGCACAAAUCACUCUCUUCCAGUCAGCACAAUGCCAUCAGGAGAUCAUUCCUCUGCACAUGAAGUAAGUCCACGAGUCUCCAGUAUAAGCUCUUCUCCUCCUUCACCACCACCACCACCUUUACAUAACAGAGCUAAUGCUAUCUCUACAAGAAGAAGUUACUCAAAAAAAUGCAAGAUCCCAAUUGGUGCAAAGGUGUACACACUUUCAGAGCUACAAUCUGCAACGAAUAGUUUCAGUGAAAGCAAUCUUCUUGGAGAGGGAUCACUCGGGUCAGUUUACAAGGCAGAAUUCCCGAAUGGACAGGUAUUGGCUGUGAAGAACAUUGUCACUGUAGCGUUGUCACUCCAUGAAGAAGAACAAUUCUUGAGUGUUGUUCGAAAUGUAGCCCUGCUGAGGCACCCCAAUAUUGUGACACUUGUUGGAUAUUAUGUAAACCGUGGACAGCAUGCUCUGUUAUACGAGUUUGUAGGUAAUUUGACCCUCUACGAUGCUCUCCAUUGUAAAGCAUGUAAAAAGCCACUCUCUUGGAACAUUCGUCUCAAAAUUGCAAUCGGCAUAGCAAGGGCCUUGAAAUAUUUGCAUUCAACUUGCUUGCCUCCAAUGACGCAUAGCAACUUAAAGUCGGCGAAUGUUUUACUUGACGAGGAGCUCAUGCCCCGGUUAUCAGACAGUGGGCUGGCUAUUCUGAGGCCCCUUACUAGUAACAGUGUAAAAGUGAAGGCUUCGGAGAAUGCUAUUGGUGAUAGAGGGUACAUAUCGCCUGAAGAGAAGGGAGUAAAUGGUGUUGGGGCGAAAGGAGAUGUGUAUGCAUUUGGUGUGCUUCUUUUGGAAUUGUUAACAGGAAGGAAGGCUUUUGAUAGUUCACUGGAGAUGGAAGAACAAUCAUUAGCGAAAUGGGCAUCAUUGAGAUUACACGACAGUGAUGCUCUGGGAAAAAUGGUUGAUUUGUAUAUGAGAAGAAUGAUAUCUUCGAGGGCUUUAUCACAGUUUGCAGACAUAGUAUCCCUUUGUAUUCAGUCGGAGGGGAAAUUCAGACCGGUGAUGUCGGAUGUGGUAGAAUCAUUGACAAAGUUGAUGGUGAUAAACAAUAACUCAUGUGGGAAUGCUUUUCAAUUGGAUGGAUUUGAGAGGUCUUUUCGUUCAUCACAUACACGAUUCAAAGGAGGAGUAUCACCCACUAUGAGUGUCUCCUCUAUUUGAUUUUAUAGGUUUUUUCAUUACUAUAUCAUCAUUGUAACAACAAACAAUAAAGAUGUUGAUAU